AUGGCAUCGACUGAUAGUUCCUCGACAGGCCAACCGCGCCAUCAAUUACCUUUUCCCUUCUCGAACCAGGACGACACAACGCCGGCUCCGCUUCUACUCACCCAAGGUGCUGAAGCUCUGGUCUACCGCACCACAUUCCUCACCACUUCCACAGCUUGCGCCCUCAAAUAUCGACCAGCGAAGCCAUGGAGACACCGUACUUUGGACAUGCGAUUGACCCGCCAGCGAAUCCUCGCUGAGGCCAGAGUCUUGACUCGCUGUCGUCGGGAAGGUGUUGCUGUACCCGCUGUCUUAGGACUUGACUGGGAGCGCGGAUGGCUGGCACAAGAAUGGAUCUAUGGCAACACCGUCCGCCGCGUUCUGGAUUGGGUCCACAAGGAGAGCAAUCUUUCAACCAGCGAGAAAGAGCAACAAGUACACGAUUUGUUGCGAAGAAUUGGCAGUGCCCUCGGCCGCCUGCAUGAACGAGGUCUGGUCCACGGCGAUUUGACGACCAGCAACCUCAUGCUGCGACCCGCAGACAGCGACAUUAACGACGAGGACAGGAAGGUCGGAAAAGCCAUUCGCAUCGUCAACACAAACGGAGAAAUUGUCCUGAUCGAUUUUGGUCUUGCACAGCAGACGGUACAAGAGGAGGACAAGGCCGUCGAUCUCUACGUGCUUGAAAGAGCUUUCGCUUCUACACAUCCCGAGGUAGAGGAGGACUUUGGUCAUCUGCUGCAAGCCUACGGCGAGAGCUAUAAAGGCGCCAAGACGGUGCUCAAAAGACUGGAAGACGUCCGCAUGAGAGGAAGAAAGAAGAGCAUGUUGGGUUGA